GCAGGGCCAAAGCCAGAGGGGCUGUCCCCUCCUCUUCCCCGGCAGCUGCUCGCUCUGCUCACAAGCCAGGGGCAGGGGACCAGGCAGCAGCGACUCCUCUGGCUCCCGAGAAGUGGAGCCGACCGGUGCCACUAUGAUGCUGGGAGCCGCCGGGGUCCUCCUCCUCCUGCUGCUCUCCGGGGGCCUCGGGGGCGGCCAGGCGCAGCGGCCGCAGCAGCAGCGGCAGCCACAGGCACAUCAGCAAAGAGGUUUAUUCCCUGCGGUCCUGAAUCUUGCUUCUAAUGCUCUUAUCAUGACCAAUGCAACAUGUGGAGAAAAGGGACCUGAAAUGUACUGCAAAUUGGUAGAACACGUCCCUGGGCAGCCUGUGAGGAACCCCCAGUGUCGUAUCUGCAAUCAAAACAGCAGCAAUCCAAACCAGAGACACCCAAUUACAAACGCUAUUGAUGGAAAGAACACUUGGUGGCAGAGUCCCAGUAUUAAGAAUGGAAUCGAAUACCAUUACGUGACAAUUACACUGGAUUUACAGCAGGUGUUCCAGAUCGCGUAUGUGAUUGUGAAGGCAGCUAACUCCCCACGGCCUGGAAACUGGAUUUUGGAACGCUCUCUUGAUGAUGUUGAAUACAAGCCCUGGCAGUAUCACGCCGUAACAGACACAGAGUGCCUAACCCUUUACAAUAUUUAUCCUCGCACUGGGCCACCGUCAUAUGCCAAAGACAAUGAGGUCAUCUGUACUUCAUUUUACUCCAAGAUACACCCUUUAGAAAAUGGAGAGAUUCAUAUCUCUUUAAUCAAUGGGCGACCAAGUGCUGAUGAUCCUUCUCCUGAACUGCUGGAAUUUACCUCUGCUCGCUAUAUUCGCCUGAGAUUUCAGAGGAUCCGCACCUUGAAUGCUGACUUGAUGAUGUUUGCUCACAAAGACCCAAGAGAAAUUGACCCCAUUGUCACAAGAAGAUAUUACUACUCAGUCAAGGAUAUUUCGGUUGGAGGGAUGUGCAUCUGCUAUGGUCAUGCCAGGGCUUGUCCACUUGAUCCAGUGACAAAUAAAUCUCGCUGUGAGUGUGAGCAUAACACAUGUGGUGACAGCUGUGAUCAGUGCUGUCCAGGAUUCCAUCAGAAACCCUGGAGAGCUGGAACUUUUCUGACUAAAACUGAAUGUGAAGCAUGUAAUUGUCAUGGAAAAGCUAAAGAAUGCUAUUAUGAUGAAAAUGUUGCCAGAAGAAAUCUGAGUUUGAAUAUACAUGGAAAGUAUAUUGGAGGGGGUGUCUGCAUUAAUUGUACCCAAAACACUGCUGGUAUAAACUGUGAGACAUGCACUAAUGGCUUCUUCAGACCAAAAGGGGUAUCUCCAAAUUAUCCAAGGCCAUGCCAGCCAUGUCAUUGUGAUCCAAUUGGUUCUGUAAAUGAAGUCUGUGUCAAGGAUGAGAAACAUGCUCGACGAGGUCUGGCACCUGGAUCCUGUCAUUGCAAAACUGGUUUUAGAGGUGUGAGCUGUGAUCGCUGUGCCAGGGGCUACACUGGCUACCCAGACUGCAAAGCCUGUAACUGCAGUGGCUUAGGGAGCAAAAAUGAAGACCCUUGUUUUGGCCCCUGUAACUGCAAGGAGAAUGUUGAAGGAGGAGACUGUAGCCGUUGCAAACCUGGCUUCUUCAAUUUGCAAGAGGAUAACUGGAAAGGCUGUGAUGAGUGUUUCUGCUCAGGGGUUUCAAACAGAUGCCAGAGUUCCUACUGGACCUACGGCAAAAUACAAGAUAUGAGUGGCUGGUAUCUGACUGACCUUUCUGGCCGCAUUCGGGUGGCUCCCCGGCGGGACGACUCGGACUCGCCCCAGCAGAUCAGCAUCAGUAACGCGGAGGCCCGGCAAGCCCUGCCGCACGGCUACUACUGGAGCGCACCGGCUCCCUAUCUGGGAAACAAACUCCCAUCAGUAGGAGGACAGUUGACAUUUACCAUAUCAUAUGACCUUGAAGAAGAGGAAGAAGAUACAGAACGUGUUCUCCAGCUUAUGAUUAUCUUAGAGGGCAACGGCUUGAGAAUCAGCACACCCCAAGAUGAGGUGUACCUGCAACCAUCUGAAGAACAUAUUAAUGUUUUGUUACUUAAAGAAGAAUCAUUUACCAUACAUGGCACACAUUUUCCAGUCAGUAGAAAGGAAUUUAUGACAGUGCUUGCGAGUUUGAAGAGAGUCCUCCUACAAAUCACAUACAGCUUUGGGAUGGAUGCCAUCUUCAGGUUGAGCUCUGUUAACCUUGAAUCCGCUGUCUCCUAUCCUACUGAUGGAAGCGUUGCGGCAGCUGUAGAAGUGUGUCAGUGCCCACCAGGUUAUACUGGCUCCUCGUGUGAAUCUUGUUGGCCUAGGCACAGGCGAGUUAACGGCACUAUUUUUGGUGGCAUCUGUGAGCCAUGUCAGUGCUUUGGUCAUGCAGAGUCCUGUGAUGACGUCACUGGAGAAUGCCUGAACUGUAAGGAUCACACAAGUGGCCCAUACUGUGAUAAAUGUCUUCCUGGUUUCUAUGGCGAUCCUACUAAAGGAACCUCUGAAGACUGUCAACCCUGUGCCUGUCCACUCAAUAUCCCAUCCAAUAACUUUAGCCCAACAUGCCAUUUAGACCGGAGUCUGGGGUUGAUCUGUGAUGAAUGCCCUGCCGGGUACACAGGACCACGCUGUGAGAGGUGUGCAGAAGGCUAUUUUGGACAACCCUCUGUACCUGGAGGAUCAUGUCAGCCAUGCCAAUGCAAUGACAACCUUGACUUCUCCAUCCCUGGCAGCUGUGACAGCUUGUCUGGCUCCUGUCUGACAUGUAAGCCAGGUACAACAGGCCGGUACUGUGAGCUCUGUGCUGAUGGAUAUUUUGGAGACGCCGUUGUUGCAAAGAACUGUCAGCCCUGUCUCUGUAAUGCCAAUGGCUCUUUCUCUGAGAUUUGCCACAGUCAAACUGGACAAUGUGAGUGCAGAGCCAACGUGCAGGGUCAGAGAUGUGAUGAAUGCAAGCCUGGAACCUUUGGCCUACAAUCAGCAAGGGGUUGUGUUCCCUGCAACUGCAAUUCUUUUGGGUCUAAGUCAUUCGACUGUGAAGAGAGUGGACAAUGUUGGUGCCAACCUGGAGUCACAGGGAAGAAAUGUGACCGCUGUGCCCAUGGCUAUUUCAACUUCCAAGAAGGAGGCUGUACAGGUCUGGCUUGUAACUGCAGCACAGUGGGAUCCUUGGAUUUCCAAUGCAAUGUAAACACAGGCCAAUGCAACUGUCAUCCAAAAUUCUCGGGUACCAAAUGUACAGAGUGCAAUCGAGGUCACUGGAACUACCCUCGCUGCCAUCUCUGUGACUGCUUCCUCCCUGGAACAGAUGCUACCACCUGUGAUUUAGAGACUAAAAAAUGCUCCUGUAGUGAUCAAACUGGACAGUGCACUUGUAAGGUGAAUGUGGAAGGCGUCCACUGUGACAGAUGCCGACCUGGCAAAUUCGGACUUGAUGCCAAGAAUCCACUUGGCUGCAGCAGCUGCUAUUGCUUUGGCGCUACUACUCAGUGCUCUGAAGCAAAAGGGCUGAUCCGGACGUGGGUGACUCUGAAGGCUGAGCAGACCGUUCUACCCCUGGUAGACGAGGCUCUGCAGCACACAACCACCAAGGGCGUUGCUUUUCAACAUCCAGAGAUUAUUGCUGACAUGGACCUGGUAAGACAAGAUCUCCAUUUGGAACCGUUUUAUUGGAAACUUCCAGAACAAUUUGAAGGAAAGAAGUUGAUGGCCUAUGGGGGCAAACUCAAGUAUGCAAUCUAUUUCGAGGCUCGAGAAGAAACAGGUUUCUCUAGAUAUAAUCCUCAAGUGAUCAUUCGAGGUGGGACACGUACGCAUGCUAGAAUUAUUGUCAGACAUAUGGCUGCUCCUCUGAUUGGCCAAUUGACAAGGCAUGAAAUUGAAAUGACAGAGAAAGAAUGGAAAUACUAUCGGGACGAUCCUCGAGUACAUAGAACUGUGACCCGGGAAGAUUUCUUGGAUAUACUGUAUGAUAUUCAUUACAUUCUUAUCAAGGCUACUUACGGAAAUAUCAUGCGACAAAGCAGGAUUUCCGAAAUCUCAAUGGAGGUAGCUGAACAAGGACGUAGAACAGCAGCGACUCCUCCAGCUCACUUGAUUGAAAAAUGUGAUUGUCCCCUAGGCUAUUCUGGCUUGUCCUGUGAGGCAUGCUUGCCGGGAUUUUAUCGACUGCAUUCUGAACCAGGUGGCCGCAGCCCUGGACUGACCCUGGGCACCUGUGUUCCAUGUCAAUGUAAUGGACACAGCAGCCUGUGUGACCCUGAAACAUCAAUAUGCCAGAAUUGUCAACAUCACACUGCCGGUGACUUCUGUGAACGAUGUGCUCUUGGAUACUAUGGAAUUGUCAAGGGAUUGCCAAACGACUGUCAGCAAUGUGCCUGCCCUCUGAUUUCUUCCAGUAACAAUUUCAGCCCCUCUUGUGUCGCAGAAGGCCUUGAUGACUACCGCUGCACAGCUUGUCCACGGGGAUAUGAAGGCCAGUACUGUGAAAGGUGUGCCCCUGGCUAUACUGGCAGUCCAAGCAGCCCAGGAGGCUCCUGUCAAGAAUGUAAGUGUGAUCCCUAUGGCUCGCUGCCUGUGCCCUGUGACCCUGUCACGGGAUUCUGCACGUGCCGACCCGGAGCCACGGGAAGGAAGUGUGACGGCUGCAAGCACUGGCAUGCACGCGAGGGCAGGGAGUGUGUUUUCUGUGGAGAUGAGUGCACUGGUCUUCUCCUGGGUGACCUGGCUCGCCUGGAGCAGAUGGCCAUGAGCAUCAACCUCACUGGCCCGCUGCCUGCGCCAUAUAAAAUACUGUAUGGUCUUGAAAACAUGACUCAGGAGCUAAAGCACUUGCUCUCACCUCAGCGAGCCCCAGAGAGGCUUAUUCAGCUGGCAGAGGGCAAUCUGAAUACACUUGUCACCGAAAUGAACGAGCUGCUGACCAGGGCUACCAAAGUGACAGCAGAUGGUGAGCAGACCGGACAGGAUGCUGAGAGGACCAACGCCAGAGCAGAGUCCCUGGGAGAAUUCAUUAAGGAGCUUGCCCGGGAUGCAGAAGCUAUAAAUGAAAAAGCUAUAAAACUAAAUGAAACUCUAGGAACUCAAGACAAGGCCUUUGAGAUAAAUUUGGAAGGGCUUCAGAAAGAGAUUGACCAGAUGAUUAAAGAACUGAGGAGGAAAAAUCUAGAGACACAAAAAGAAAUUGCUGAAGAUGAGUUGGUAGCUGCAGAAGGCCUUCUGAAGAAAGUGAAGAAGCUGUUUGGAGAGUCCCGGGGGAAAAAUGAAGAAAUGGAGGAGGACCUCCGGGAAAAACUGGCUGACUACAAAGACAAACUUGAUGAUGCUUGGGACCUGUUGAGAGAAGCCACAGAUAAAAUCAGAGAAGCUAAUGGCUUAUCUGCAGUAAACCAGAAAAACAUGACUGCUUUGGAGAAAAAGAAGGAGGCUGUUGAAAGUGGCAAACGACAAAUUGAGAACACUUUAAAAGAAGGUAAUGAUAUACUCGGUGAAGCCAACCGUCUUGCAGAUGAAAUCAACUCUAUCAUAGAUUAUGUUGAAGACAUCCAAACUAAAUUGCCACCUAUGUCUGAGGAGCUUAAAGAUAAAAUAGAUGACCUCUCCCAAGAAAUAAAGGACAGGAAGCUUGCUGAGAAGGUGUCCCAGGCUGAGAGCCAUGCAGCUCAGUUGAAUGACUCAUCUGCUGUCCUUGAUGGAAUCCUUGAUGAAGCUAAAAAUAUCUCCUUCAAUGCCACUGCAGCCUUCAACGCUUACAGCAAUAUUAAAGACAAUAUUGAUGAAGCUGAAAAAGUUGCCAGAGAAGCCAAAGAUCUUGCAAAUGAAGCUACAGAACUGGCAACAGGUCCUCGGGGUUUAUUAAAGGAAGAUGCCAAAGGCUCUCUUCAGAAAAGCUUCAGGAUUCUUAAUGAAGCCAAGAAGUUAGCAAAUGAUGUAAAACAAAAUGAAGACCAUCUAAAUGACUUAAAAACCAGGAUAGAAAAUGCUGAUGAUAGAAAUGGGGAUCUCUUGAGAGCUUUGAAUGACACUUUGGGAAAGUUAUCAGCUAUUCCAAAUGACACAGCUGCUAAACUGCAAGCUGUUAAGGACAAAGCCAGGCAAGCCAACGACACAGCUAAAGAUGUACUGGCACAGAUUAAAGAGCUCCACCAGAACCUCGAUGGCCUGAAGAAGAAUUACAAUAAACUAGCAGACAGCGUAGCCAAAACGAAUGCCGUGGUUAAAGAUCCUUCCAAGAACAAAAUCAUUGCAGAUGCAGAUGCCACUGUGAAAAAUCUACAACAGGAAGCUGACCGGCUAAUAGAUAAACUCAAACCCAUCAAGGAGCUUGAGGAUAACCUGAAGAAAAACAUCUCUGAGAUAAAGGAAUUGAUCAACCAAGCCCGAAAACAAGCCAAUUCUAUCAAAGUAUCUGUGUCUUCGGGAGGUGACUGCAUUCGAACAUACAGGCCAGAAAUCAAGAAAGGAAGUUAUAAUAAUAUUGUUGUCAACGUAAAGACAGCUGUUGCUGACAACCUCCUUUUUUAUCUUGGAAGUGCCAAAUUUAUUGACUUUCUGGCUAUAGAAAUGCGUAAAGGCAAAGUCAGUUUCCUCUGGGAUGUUGGAUCUGGAGUUGGACGUGUAGAGUACCCAGAUUUGACUAUUGAUGACUCCUAUUGGUACCGUAUCAUAGCAUCAAGAACUGGGAGAAAUGGAACUAUUUCUGUGAGAGCCCUGGAUGGACCCAAAGCCAGCAUUGUGCCCAGCACAUACCAUUCGACGUCUCCUCCAGGGUACACUAUUCUAGAUGUGGAUGCAAAUGCAAUGCUGUUUGUUGGUGGCCUGACUGGGCAAUUAAAGAAGGCUGAUGCUGUACGUGUGAUUACAUUCACUGGCUGUAUGGGAGAAACAUACUUUGACAACAAACCUAUAGGUUUGUGGAAUUUCCGAGAAAAAGAAGGUGACUGCAAAGGAUGUACUGUCAGUCCUCAGGUGGAAGAUAGUGAGGGGACUAUUCAAUUCGAUGGAGAAGGCUAUGCAUUGGUCAGCCGUCCCAUUCGCUGGUACCCCAACAUCUCCACUGUCAUGUUCAAGUUCAGGACAUUUUCGUCGAGUGCCCUUCUGAUGUAUCUUGCCACACGAGACCUGAGAGAUUUCAUGAGUGUGGAGCUCACUGAUGGGCACAUAAAAGUCAGUUAUGAUCUGGGUUCGGGAAUGGCUUCUGUUGUCAGCAAUCAAAACCAUAAUGAUGGGAAAUGGAAAUCAUUCACCCUGUCAAGAAUUCAAAAACAAGCCAAUAUAUCAAUUGUAGAUAUAGAUACCAAUCAGGAGGAGAACAUAGCAACUUCAUCUUCUGGAAACAACUUUGGUCUUGACUUGAAAGCAGAUGACAAAAUAUAUUUUGGUGGCCUGCCAACGCUGAGAAACUUGAGUAUGAAAGCAAGGCCAGAAGUAAAUUUGAAGAAAUAUUCCGGCUGCCUCAAAGAUAUUGAAAUUUCAAGAACUCCAUACAAUAUACUCAGUAGUCCCGAUUAUGUUGGUGUUACCAAAGGAUGUACCCUGGAGAAUGUUUACACAGUUAGCUUUCCUAAACCUGGUUUUGUGGAGCUCUCCCCUGUGCCAAUUGAUGUAGGAACAGAAAUCAACCUGUCCUUCAGCACCAAGAAUGAGUCCGGCAUCAUUCUUUUAGGAAGUGGAGGGACACCAGCACCACGCAGGAGAAAACGAAGGCAGACUGGACAGGCCUAUUAUGCAAUAUUCCUCAACAAGGGCCGUCUGGAAGUGCAUCUCUCCACAGGGACACGAACAAUGAGGAAAAUUGUCAUCAGACCAGAGCCGAAUCUGUUUCAUGAUGGAAGAGAACAUUCCGUUCAUGUAGAGCGAACUAGAGGCAUCUUUACCGUUCAAGUCGAUGAAAACAAAAGAUACAUGCAAAACCUGACGGUUGAACAGCCUAUCGAAGUCAAAAAGCUUUUUGUUGGGGGUGCUCCGCCUGAAUUUCAACCUUCCCCACUCAGAAAUAUUCCUCCUUUUGAAGGCUGUGUGUGGAAUCUUGUUAUUAACUCGGUCCCCAUGGACUUUGCACAGCCUGUAUCCUUCAAAAAUGCUGACAUUGGUCGCUGUGCCCAUCAGAAACCCCGUGAAGAUGAAGAUGGAGCAGCUCCAGCUGAAAUCGUUAUCCAGCCUGAGCCAGUGCCCACUCCAGCCUUUCCUACACCCACCCCAGUUCUGACACAUGGUCCUUGUGCUGCAGAAUCAGAACCAGCUCUUUUGAUAGGGAGCAAGCAGUUCGGGCUUUCAAAAAACAGUCACAUUGCAAUUGCAUUUGAUGACACCAAAGUUAAAAACCGUCUCACAAUUGAGUUGGAAGUAAGAACCGAAGCUGAAUCCGGCUUGCUUUUUUACAUGGCUCGCAUCAAUCAUGCCGAUUUUGCAACAGUUCAGCUGAGAAAUGGAUUGCCCUACUUCAGUUAUGACUUGGGGAGUGGGGACACCAACACCAUGAUCCCCACCAAAAUCAACGAUGGCCAGUGGCACAAGAUUAAGAUAAUGAGAAGUAAGCAAGAAGGAAUUCUUUAUGUGGAUGGGGCCUCCAACAGAACCAUCAGUCCCAAAAAAGCUGACAUCCUGGAUGUUGUAGGAAUGCUGUACGUUGGUGGGUUACCCAUCAACUACACUACCAGAAGAAUUGGUCCAGUGACCUAUAGCAUUGAUGGCUGCAUCAGGAAUCUCCACAUGGCAGAGGCCCCUGCUGAUCUGGAACAACCCACCUCCAGCUUCCAAGUUGGGACAUGUUUUGCAAAUGCUCAGAGGGGAACAUAUUUUGAUGGAACAGGUUUUGCCAAAGCAGUUGGUGGAUUCAAAGUGGGAUUGGAUCUUCUUGUAGAGUUUGAAUUCCGCACAACUAGAACAACUGGAGUUCUUCUGGGAAUCAGUAGUCAAAAAAUGGAUGGAAUGGGUAUUGAAAUGAUUGAUGAAAAGCUGAUGUUUCAUGUGGACAAUGGUGCCGGCAGAUUCACUGCUGUCUAUGAUGCUGAGAUUCCGGGUCAUUUGUGUGACGGACAAUGGCAUAAAGUCACCGCCAACAAGAUCAAACACCGCGUUGUGCUCACAGUCGAUGGGAACCAGGUGGAAGCCCAAAGCCCAAACCCGGCAUCUACAUCAGCUGACACAAAUGAUCCUGUGUUUGUUGGAGGCUUCCCAGAUGACCUCAAGCAGUUUGGCCUGACAACCAGCAUUCGGUUCCGAGGUUGCAUCAAAUCCCUGAAGCUCACCAAAGGCACAGGCAAGCCUCUGGAGGUUAAUUUUGCCAAGGCCCUGGAACUGAGGGGUGUUCAACCUGUAUCAUGCCCAGCCAACUAAUAAACAUAAGUGUAACCCCAGGAAAGGUCUGUCAAAACAAGUAUAUCAAGUAAAACAAAUAUAUUUUACCUAUAUAUGUUAAUUAAACUAAUUUGUGCAUGUAUAUAGAAAUCUUUCUGUAUUCACAUGGUGCCAAUUUAGACUCCAGACUGAAUUUUAAUUCAAGUCCUUUCUCAAGUCUAUAAAUAUUAAAGUGAUUAUUUCAUUCUAAAUAA